AUGGGAUGGCGUACUUUUUCGGCCUUGAGGAAAUGGUUCUACGUGGCUGUAGUGGCCAUGGGUUCUCUCUUGGUGACUUGCACCUCUUCUCUGUACACCAUGACCUACGACCAGCUUAUGGACGAGUUUGGUUGCUCUCUCGAAAUCUGCAACCUUGGACUGUCGCUGUACAUGAUUGGCCUGGCCCUGGGACCUCUUCUCUUCAGCCCAAUGUCAGAAGUAGAGGUCCUACUUUCAAGCUGCUUUGAGCUUUUGCUAACUUCAAUAUCAGUUCUGCGGACGGCGCCCAAUCUACAUUACCUCGACUUUUUUCCUCCUUAUCUGGUUGAUUCCGUGCGCCGUCGCCCAGAACAUCCAGACUCUCCUGGUAGCGCGUUUCCUGGUGGUCUUUCCGGAAGCGCAUUCCUUGGUGUCGCGGCCGGAACUGUCGUCGAUAUGUUCAUCCCUCAGCAACUCCUGGUCCCAAUGACGGCCUUCACUGGAGCUCCUUUCGUCGGUCCAGCUCUUGGUCCCGUCAUGGGUGGUUUCAUCAACUCGUUCACGGACUGGCGCUGGUGCUUCUAUGUUCAGAUCAUCUGGGCUGCCGUCAUCUUCCUCUGCGUGCUCAUCACUCCAGAGACCUUCCACCCGGUCCUCCUCAGCAGGAAAGCGGCCAAGCUCCGCAAAGACACCGGCAACAACGAGUACUACUCCUCUCUGCUGCAGGCAGUCCUGUACAUGUGUUUCUCAGCCUUCGGCCUGGUCUUCGGCAACAACCACGGAUUCAAUCUCUGGCAGAUCGGUCUGUCUUUCCUCGGCCUCGCGGUGGGAAACGUGAUUGCUUGCUUGUGCAACCCGUUCUGGCACAAGCAGUGGAUGGGAUCGAUCGCAAAAGAGAAGCCCAAGCACGGGGCGGAGUACAAGCCUCAGCCUGAGUUGAGACUCCCGCCUGCCAUUGUAGGAGGCCCCAUGCUAACAGCAGCGCUGUUCUGGUUCGCCUGGAUGACUUACUCGUCCGUGCACUGGAUCGUGCCCAUCAUCGCGACUCUGUUCUUCAGCACUGCCUUCUUUUUCCUCUUCCAGGGUAUUUGGACGUUCCUGGUUGCUGCAUACCCCAAGCAUGCCGCCAGUGUCAUGGCUGUCAACACCACUACCCGCUGUUCACGGUUCAGAUGUAUAACAACCUCGGCUACCAAUGGGCUUCGUCCUUGGUUGCUUUUUGACCUUGGCCAUGGCGCCAUGGCCAUUCGUCUUCUACAAGUUCGGGCCGACUUUGGGAGCGAAGAGCAAGUUCGCUCACACUUAACCGACACUCUGUGCCGCGUUCGACCGAUUGACUAA